UUCUGGUGGUAAAUCAUUAGUUCGGGUCUAAAAUUUAGGGAAAUAAUCAAUUUUGAAAAUUUAAAAUUAAUAUCUAUAUCAUAACUUGGAACUAAGCUUGCGUUGACAGUGAAUACCAUAUUCCAUGCACGUCUUCUUGUCUCUCAGAGUGCCAAAUCUCCAUUCACCAACUUUUUUUUUUUUUUUCAUCUUUUAUGAUAAAAAAGAGUUUGAAUUUAACAGUAUCAAUGAUAAGCUGCAGUAGAAAGAGAAGGGAGCCAUGAUGAAGUGACCAAAAAGGGCCAAAAAAUAAAAGGUGACUGAAGCCUUAACGCGGCUCCAAGGAAUCAAGAAACGAUAAGGAGCCAUCAGGCACCACCUCCUUCACAGCCCACAAAGCUUAAGCCACACGUGUCCUCCUCCAAAUUACUCCUCUCAUCUCCUCAUCUCUCCCUGCCAAACCUUCACUUCCUUCUUUGUUGUUUUUCUCUCUGUUACCUUCAAUCAUUUAUCACCCAUCUCUUCACAUUUCCUCCAAGUGUCUCACACGUGUAACCCCCAUCUUCCAACUCUCCAACUAGGGUUCACAUAUCUGGUAGUUACUCUGUCACUUGAGGUCUUAAAUGAGCCUAAUCCUCUCCAGAUUUAUGCAUGUACCAACUUUCUAGCAUGGGGCUCUCGAGUUUCCCUAUUGCUGCUGAAGGAGUGCUUCCUCUGCUGGUAAUGAACACAGUUAUAUCAGUUGCUUUAUUCAAGAACAUGCUAAGGUCUGUGCUCCAAGUGAUGGGUGCUAAUUGGAAUUCACAAGAUUAUGAGCAAGACGAUCAAGAUGGGUGUGUUCCUGAAGAAAAUGUGAGAAAGAGAAGAAUUUCAAUAACCCAGUUCAAGUCCUUGACCACCCACAAUAGUGGCAGUAGCAGCGGCGGUCGGACUGGUAGUGGUAAAGUGGAGUGUUGUGUGUGUCUUAGUAGAUUUGAAGCUGAAGAGGAGGUGAGUGAAUUGUCUUGCAAGCAUUUCUUUCACAAAGGGUGUCUGGACAAGUGGUUUGACAAUAAACAUAGUACCUGUCCUCUUUGUAGAUCAGUUCUCUAAGAUUGAAGGAAAAUUUUUGUCGUAAAAUGGAUGUUUAGGUUGUUUGGGGAAGAGUUUUUCUUCACUCUUGUUGCUCUGAUUGGCCUCUUUUUUUAAUUAUUUUUCUUUUUUUGUAGUUGAUUUUUGAGCAAAACUAGUGAGAGGUGAUUUCUUGGUCUG